AUGCAUGCAGGAGUGGGAGCUGCGACAGGCCAGCAACAAGCCGCAGGAGGAACAUUUGCGGCCUCCCCAACAAGUGCAGCACCACUUGCCAGCACUUCGCGAUCUAAUGCGGUCAAAGACCCCAACGCCAUGCACACAACGCUCUCAAUUUGUGCAUCUGAGUCAACUGCAACUGGUGCAGCCGCUGUAGCACGAACGGCUGCACCAGGAGCAUUGGGAAUAAACGCAGCAACAGGAAGCACAGUCUUGGGCGCACAGAAAGAAUUACCAAGCGCUGUUGGUGCCACUUCAUCCAGUAGUAGCAGCAGCACAGGACGCUGGAGAGGAAGAGGCCGAGGUGGAGGGCCGCCUAGGCGAAAGCGGCUGCAACAAGAGGAGCAAUCAGUAGGACCGGAGGUGCAGCAACCAGCCGCUACCUCCACAGCAACAGCAAAGGUGCCACCAGCCACAGAAGCAGCACCCGUAUCAAAGCUUGUGCUAAAUAAGGAGCGCACGGCGGAUGAAGGGUCAGCAGCAGCGCAACAGCGUCAGCAACACCAGCAGCAGCAGCAACCACAGCAACAAAAACAGCAACAACAGCAGCAUCCACGGAAAGAGCCCCGGUUAAGGAAUACUGAAGAAAAGAACAUCCAGUCAGCUACGAACGCAAACGCGCAUUCCUCUACGCUACCUCAUGGUAGCCAAGCUACUGACACAGCGGCAAAAGGAGCACCAGAGGGCGCAAGAACGGUGGGAGAAGCAACCACAUCACCGGUGAGAGCCUCAAAACCAGCGUUUGAAGAAGCUGCAAGGUGGCACUUGGCUGCAAGUCAAAGAUGCACAGCAACAGCCGCAGCAGCUGCAGCGACAACAGCAGCCGGAGCCACAACCAUCGCUGCCGCAGCCGCCGUAGCAGCAGCAGCAGCAGCAGCCGCUGCAGCAGUUGCAGGCGGGUCUAACAGCUCUGCGUUCGGUGGAGAUGCCCUGGGGCUUUGUAAGGCGCUCGAAACAGCGCAUGCAAUGCGGUCGAUACGCGAUUGGAUUGCGACGCUCCGUGAUGCUGCUGCAGCAAAUACGUCUCGCACACUUACCGCACGGGCCGCUGUCGGUGUUGUUGCUGGUGCUGCAGUAGCAGAGGAACCAACCAGGAACGCAUAA